AUGGCCACCUUGGACAAUGCGAACCCUACCAUCCUGAGCGCAUCCCAGCUGCCCACGCGCCAGGCAAAGCUGGCUCCCCGGAAGGGCCCUGAAUCUAGGUACAACGACAUUGUUUUCGCCAAGCCGUCGUACCUAUCCCAGCCUUUCUGUAGCCAGAGCGCGGUUGCUUGGCCGCGCACUAGUGAUUGGCACGACGAGUUUGCCGAUGAAGCUAUCGAUGAACAGGAAAUUUACGACUUGAUCUCAACCAUUUCCGACCCUGAACAUCCGGUGUCUCUGGGUCAGCUCUCUGUCAUUAACCUCUGUGACAUUCACAUUUCUCCCUCUCCCUCGUUGGGCGCUCCAGACCCCAACACUAUUGUUCAAGUUGCUGUGGAAAUUACACCGACCAUCACGCACUGCUCGCUCGCGACAGUUAUUGGUCUGGGAGUUCGGGUGCGACUGGAGCAGGCUCUUCCUCCCAACUACCGGGUCGAUGUCACUUGCAAGGAAAACAGCCAUAACCAGGACGACCAGGUGAACAAGCAGCUUGGUGACAAAGAGCGAGUAGCUGCCGCAUUGGAAAAUGAUACUCUGAAGGGAGUCCUGGAUAAGAUGUUGGAGACGUGUGCUUGA